UUGAUUUGCUCUGCAGUGAAAAGCAGAGACUUUCGGACUUUGUACUUUGACCUCUUCUAGUGCUUCUACGUGACUACGUCUUCUUCUUCUACAGUCCAUCAGUCUAUCAAUUGACUGGCCUUUGCAGUUUGCAGUCCAGAAGUUGUUAUUUUAUAUAUUUUGUAUAAAAUGGCGAAUUAUGAGAAGAUGAACAAAUUGAUGACACCACGACGUGCAAUGGACAAGUUCUUUAAAAGCGCCACACCAGUUGAUUCUCCUGAGAUGGAUGAAAGUUUUGAACCUCCAAAGAAACUUGUUCCACACAAGAGUGUUGAUGAGACACACAGCUUUCAGAAUUCCGUCUCUGGUAACUCUGAGUUUCCGUCAAGCUUAGGAAGUCCAAGUUUAGAUGUUCGACCAAUACCAACCAAAAAAAACAAGAAACGGGUGUCAGCUUCUGCUUUUUCCAAAGCAAUCCAAAGUCAGCAGUCACAGUUGGUCAAUACCUCUGAUGACCUGGGUGAAUCAACUUUUCCUUCUGAUUUAGGAAGCCCAGAUAAAUAUCUCUCUCAAAGACCUCAAAGACCUGAUCCUGGUUUGGUGAAGAAAUCAAAAACACUCUUAGAAACCCAAACUAAAGCUAGUGAUUCUGAUUUGUCUGACGAUAGUGACAUGUCAGAACUGGUAUCCUCAGAUGAUUCUUCUCCUUCUACACCAAUGACUGGCCCGACAGUGGAGCCAAGAGAAACUGCUGACAGACCAACUCAUCAAACCAAAUUUCAUGAGAAGAUAACUGUUCCCACCAGUAUUUCAUCUGUUAGCAUCAAUAAUUCAACAGUGGAAUUCCCUUCUAAUUUGAACAGUCCAAAGGAAUUUAAAGAGUAUAACCGACCUUAUCCUGGACCCACUUUUACCAAGAAAAGGGUUUCUACAACAGGGUUCUUGGUUGCACUCAGUCCGCAAAAGAAUGACAUUCCUUUAUCAUCAGAAUCCCCUCUUAAAGAUAAUGAUCCCGAAGAAGCUGAUGCUGAAUCAGUUUCGUCGGUAAUUAAGAAAAUUAACAGAAGUGUGCGCAAUGCCAGUCGAGCUUCCAACAAAACAACGACGGAAACGGUCAACAAUGAUAACACCACUCCACUUAAAAAAUUAGAUGACAGUGAUUCCGAUGACAGCAUCCUGCCCAGUACAUCUGCGAUUCCUCCAAGAAGCCGCUCACGAAGAAAUUUCAAUUUUGAGGAUGAAGAAAUGGACGAAGAGUCAUCUGCGAAGUCGAGAAGACUAACGCAUUCUUCGCCUGGGUCCAGCAAGUCUAGUUCCCGCAAAUCAGAAAUUGGGAUGAGUCCAACCAACCGAUAUCCUGCUCUUAAAAACUCUACGGUAGUAGCAGGAGGUGCAGAUUUCGGUGGAGGUCUGCUCAGCAUGUCCCCAAUCAGACCUAGUGAGCAAGGUGCUCCUACACUGAUUAUCUCAACAACAAAAUCGAAUGCAUCAGAAUCCUCUAAAGCUAGAACAGCGGCUAGUACGAACUUAACAUCAUCUACGUCAAAGAAUGUUCAAAAGACUCCUUUACACCCGUCUACCCCUGCUCCGUUCGCCAGAAAACGGAAGCAUUCCAUAACCCAAAGCCCAAUGUUCGUGAACUUGAUGAAGUCUUCUGUGAAUAAAGCUAUAAGCAAUGUUCAGCAUCCACAGCCUUCGACUCCAUCUACUCCAGCUCCUGCUCCAGCUACUCCUGCUGCUUCACGCGUUUUGGUAUCGAAAACUACUCAGGAUCAAAAACAAUUGACUUCCACUACACCUGCUCUUUCACGAGCGUCUGUAGCCAAUAUCGCAUCCAAAGGAAUAAGUAUUUUAAAUCCUGGGAAAGGGAAGUCAUUAGUUAAGUCAGCACUUGAUGAGAAAGCUGAAUCUUCUGGUACAGAAUGGGAAGACGAGGAAGAUGAUCAAGAAAGACCGAUCCCGCGUUGCAUUGCUAUUGCAUUUGAGGAAAUUGAAGAUAGAAGCAAGGAUUUUGUCCCAUUAGAAAAACGACUGAAGGCAGAUCCUGUUUUUCAAGCGAAAGUAAAGUAUCAGCGGGCCAAAGUGGCAGCCCAAAAAGCCGAAGAAGCGGCAGCAGAAGCGAAAAAGAAGGCCUCUAAGAAAAAGCCCCGUGCAGUUAGCACCAAAAAGAAAGAAGAAGAUAACAUUACAAGUGUGGCAUUCAAUAAAGCAAAUUUCCGCUUCUACGCAGGCACCAAAGUGACGAAAGAAGCUUUGGAUGCUGUACACGGCUUGGUGGGAGAAUGGUUCGACUUUACUCUCGACCAAAUGGAGAAUUUUUGCAUCGACGAAGGUAUACCAUCCUUGGAUUCGUGGGAAGACUGUUACAAGAUGAUGAAAAGGCAAGGUAUUGUUAAGAAUUACAUGGAAUACUCUGGCCUAUGCCACGAAUUAUUAUUGAAUGAUGAAUGCGAACUACUCCUUCCUACCACUACCCCGCCCGAAGUGUACGAAUGGAGACGGAAAGCAAAGAAGGAACACAAAUAGUCAUUGAUUCGUUUUUCAAGCAUCCUUGUUUCAAGUUCAUUAACUAUUUUAGUCACAGGUAAAAUUGGCCAUUUUGGUUAUUAUGUUGUACCCUGCGUUUCGUUUCCCCUUGAUUUAAGAGAAAUUCCGUUACCAUAUUUGAAUUCCGUAAAAUCAUAUCAUACAUCGCAUUCAGCCUAACAAGUGCUUACAAUAUGCUUUGUAUUCAUAAAGAAAUUCACGUUUAAAAUAGCAAGUACCAAGUAAUUCCAUGUAUUUUUGUUAUCUGCGGGUUUCUCAUGUACUACGUUUUGUCAUUCUUUUGUUCAAAUCCAAAGGCUUAUCGGAUUUAUGUUUAGGCAAAAUAGAUGUGUUGCCAAAAAUGUACAUACGAACGCAUUUGGAAAUACAGAUGGUCGCGAAAGUUUA